GCUCCAUGCCUCCAUCCACCGCCGGUAACUGCUCCCGGGUCCCGGCCGGUAGCAGCAGCAGCAGCAGUGCUACCACUACCACCCACGCUGCCCCGCGCGCCGUGCCCGUGCGUGGUCUGUGCUCCUGUGGACACACUGGCCUCCACCCAUCCCUCUCACCGCGCCUCGCCAUCCGCGGCAAAGGCCGCGGUGCAGAUUCGGCCGGUCGAUUUAUAGCCACACCAUGGCCAGGAAGUGCUCCCACUGUGGCAAUCACGGCCACAACUCCAGGACCUGCGGCCUGGGACACAGCAGAGAAACCAUGCCCUGCCAAGGAGGCGAAAACGGCGGCGGCGGCGGCGGCGGCGGGCUGAGGCUCUUCGGAGUGCAGGUCCACGCCGGCGGCGGCGCGGCGUCCAUGAAGAAGAGCUACAGCAUGGACUGCCUGCAGCUCGCGGCGCCUGCUGGCUGCUCCCUCGUCUCGCCGUCGUCCUCGUCCUCGUCCUCGCUGCUGCUGUCGAUCGAGGAGGGGUUGGAGAGGGCGGCCACCAACGGAUACCUGUCUGAUGGAAGUGCCAGAGUUGUGGCAGAGAGGAAGAAAGGCGUUCCAUGGAGCGAGGAGGAGCACCGGCAGUUCCUAGCCGGCCUGGAGAAGCUGGGCAAGGGCGACUGGCGGGGCAUCUCCAGGAACUACGUCACGACGAGGACCCCGACGCAGGUCGCCAGCCAUGCCCAGAAGUUCUUCCUCAGGCAGAGCAGCAUGGGGAAGAAGAAGCGCCGGUCCAGCCUAUUUGACAUGGUACCGAUCUGUGAGAACAAUUCGAGCGUCUCCGAUCCGCCGAGAAGCGAGGGCGCCUCGACUUCUCUGUCGCUGAACGUGCCGCGCCACGAACGCGCCGAGAGGAGGACGGCGGCCUUCGACCUGAACUCCACGGAGGAGGAGGACGGCAGGGCCGACGCGUCGUCGGCGUCAGGUGCAGGGACCCGACCGUUCCCGGCGGAGCAGCAGCCUUCUCAUCAUGGACCUGCUGGGCACGGCCACCACUGCUCUCCGUUGGACCUGGAGCUGGGCAUGUCCCUGUCCACCCCAUCCGUCGGAACAUGACGCGCCUAGUCAUCGUCAUCCUAGUCAUCGUCAUGGGCGCACGCAGGUCGUCGCUCCAUGUUUCACCAGCGCAAGUUGCCAUGGCCGGGCGUGCUGCUGCUGUGUCAGUUCUUGCCAGAUGGAGAUGAGGCGCUGGGCAACAUUAAUCGUGAAAAACGUUGUGCAAGCAGCACUAAAUGUGGAUACCGUAACUUGUGUACUAUAAUCAGAAUCCGUUCUGCUCCUGUAUGAAACUGCACAUUCCUUGUUCAUUAUUCGCCUGCGCGCUAGGCUUUAUUUGAAAUUGUCAGCUCUAUCAAA